AUGACGCCGAUCAGGAACGACGAAGAUGUGAAGGCAAUGUUUCGGUGCCAUAUGAUGUUUGGUCAGUUACCAACAAUUGAGUUGUAUGUCCGACUACUAGACAAUCCUGAAACAUUUCUGACGCAAGAGACACAGUCACACUGGUACGGGAUGAGCCAAACAUCCGACGACGAACCAACACAAAACAAUUUACCUUUCAUACCAAAUGAGGAGGUUGGAGAAGCAAGCGAUGACGAUAUUCAGGAGGUCAGGAUGCAAGAUAUUUUUGGUGACAGUGAUGACGAAGACAACAAAGAUAUAAUUUUCGCGUCUAUGCAGUCGAUCCAUGCACAACCCAUAAGUUUGUACAACCCGCAUGUGCACAUGCAAAAUAUAUGUUUCGAAAACGACGAUACAACCUCCGUGUUUGGAAGUGCUACUCAAAACCAUAUAGGUGACGAAAUAGAGAUUGGGAUGGAGUUCGAAAACAAGGAAGCUUGCGUCCUCGCUCUGCAACAUUGGCACAUAACACACAGUUUGGACUAUUGGGUGUAUCAGUCUGACAAUGAACGAUAUGUCAUUAAGUGUAAGAAACAAGACUGCAGUUUCAAGUGCAGAGCUUCCUUGAGAAAAACGAACUCGAAAUGGGUGAUUGGUAAGUUGUCUGGGUCUCACACAUGCACUAUGACGUCUAUGGCACAAGACCAUAGGAAGCUCAGUUCAGAAAUGGUUAGCCAUAGCAUCAGAGAACUUGUCAACAGCGACGCCUCGCUUAAGGUAAAGGUGAUCAUUGCCCAUAUUCUUGAAAAAUACGGGUACAUUAUAUCUUACAAGAAAGCAUGGAUCGCUAAGUGCAAGGCGGUAGAGUCGCUUUAUGUCAAUUGGGAAACAUCUUACAACGACCUACCGCAGUGGAUACUGGUAAUGAAAACCUUCCUUCUAGGAACCAUUAUAGAUUUGCAAACCCUACCUGCGAUAUCAAGUGAUGGUUUCCAAAUCUCUCGAAAACGAAUAUUCCAUCGUCUGUUUUGGGCAUUUCGUCCGUGUAUACGUGGCUUCGCCUACUGUAAACCCAUUGUGCAAGUAGACGGAACUUGGUUGUAUGUCAAGUACAGAGGAACUCUAUUGACGGCGGUGGCACAGGAUGGCAACGCAAAUAUUUUCCCAAUAGCAUUCGCAUUGGUUGAAGGUGAAACAAAGGAAGCUUGGAGCUUUUUUCUGAGGAACCUGAGAUUACAUGUGACACCACAGCCUAAUUUGUGUCUAAUAUCUGAUAGACAUGAAUCGAUAAAGAGUGCAUACAACAAUCCCGAAAACGGAUGGCAACAUCCACCAUCUUCACAUGUCUACUGCAUAAGACACAUUGCUCAGAACUUCAUGCGCGAGAUUAAGGAAAAGGAUCUACGCAAAAAACUUGUUAAGAUGGGUUACGCAUUGACGAAGGCUACAUUUAAUUACUAUCGUGGAGAAAUCAGAAGAACAAACAUUGAGGCUUCAAAUUGGAUAGACAACAUUCCUAGGGAGAAGUGGGCUAGAGCAUUUGACAGAGGGCAACGUUGGGGACAUAUGACAUCUAACUUGGCAGAGGCAAUAAACUUUGUUCUAAAGGCAACAAGAAACCUUCCAAUCACUGCAUUGGUCCAGUCUGCAUACUAUUGA